AUGCCCUUCAUGUCUUCGGCCGUCGCACCUCCACCAGUCACCAUGUCGCAGAGUCUAGGGAAAGAGGUUACGAACAAUGUCUUCAUGGAAGACCCGGACAGCGAUGAUGAGAUGCCGCUACCACAGCAACAAACAAACCCGGAACCAAUCCAGACACAAGCCCCACCACUCUCAAAUACGCAACAACCUCCUGCUCUCGAUCCACCUACACAAUCACAGACCAAUCGGCAAGCGCACAGUCAUAGUCAGACUCCGGACUUGGGUCUGUCACUUUUCGCCAAACAGACCAUUCACAAUCCUCUGAUUUCAUCCUCGAAAACUCCUACAACAGCAAAAGUCGCUAUACACACUUCCUCAGGCAAGAACUUCUCGGUGCGAAAGAAGCAGAAUGCAGAAGUUCUGUCGACAGAAAGGCUGGCUGCCUCACGAUCCGAGGUCACAGAAGGAAGAGCUCAGCGAAGUUACUAUGGCAUCGACAUCCACAACCUGGUCAAGGAGGCCAAAGCCCAGCAAGUCAUCGACCAAGCGGAAGCAGAAAGAAAAGCCGCCAUGCCCUCGAUAGAGCCUGCUCUUGCUUCUGACGGCGUACAAAAGAGUCAACGGACAUUGAUGUGGACGGAAAAAUACAGAGCACGCAAAUUCACCGAGCUUGUGGGAGAUGAUCGUACGCAUCGUUCUGUCAUGCACUGGCUUAAACGCUGGGAUGAAAUCGUCUUUCCUGGUUCGAGUAGAAAACCUAAGCACCGCAAGAAUGCCGACAAUGCCGAACAGGAAAGACCACAUCGCAAGGUCUUGCUUCUUACUGGUCCUCCUGGUCUUGGAAAAACAACCUUGGCUCAUGUCUGCGCCAGACAAGCCGGUUACGAAGUCCAGGAGAUCAACGCUAGUGACGAGAGAAGUAGAGAUGUCGUCAAAGGUCGCAUCAGAGAUAUGGUCGGCACUGAAAAUGUCAGAGGUGUCGAUCAAAAGACUGCCUCAGGCAAGAUUCGCAAAGCUGGACGUCCUGUAUGUGUCAUCGUUGACGAGGUCGAUGGUGUGGUGGGUGGUAGUGGAGGUGCCGGUGAAGGAGGGUUCAUCAAGGCUCUACUCGACUUGGUUGCUCUCGAUACAAGGAACUCGAACAAAACUCGCCCACAACAAACCUCUGGAAAGAGAAAAGCCGACAAUUUCCGCUUGCUGCGACCACUUAUCUUGAUCUGUAACGAUGUUUAUCAUCCUUCGCUCCGACCUCUUCGACAAAGCACAGCUGCUGAGGUCAUUCAUGUUCGCAAGCCUGCCAUAAACUCUGUCGUCUCCAGGAUGCAGUCCAUCUUUGAGAAGGAGAACAUUCCCCACGACAGCGAUGGUGUGCGAAAGCUGUGCGAGGCAUCUUGGGGCAUGUCUAGUCGCAAAGAAGGUGGUUCAGGCAGCAGCACAGGCGAGGGCGACAUUCGUGGUAUCUUGGUUGUUGGCGAGUGGAUUGCAGGCAGACUUCGAGCAACCCAAGACCCAGUCGCAAAUUCGAUGCAAAGGCUGACUCGCCGAUGGAUCGAGGACAACAUCCUGGCAGACCUCUCUCAUGGAGGAGGCUCAGCAAGAGGUGUAGGCCGUGGCGGGCCAAAAGAAGUGGUCGAGCGCGUCUUCAAAGAAGGUGCUGGAUUCUCGAAACCCAGUAUGCUAGCAGCCCCAACCACGACCGCCUCAAUCACCGGCAUGAAAGGCGUAGCAGAAUCAGGGAAGCGGCAAGCCAUGGACCGUCUCCGCGAAAUGGUCAAUACAUCCGGCGAUAUCGACCGCAUCAUGACCGACUGCUUUUCUGCAUACCCAGAUCACCCAUACCAAGACGACAACUAUCUCAGUAAACCAGAUGAAGCAUACGAAUGGCUGAACUUUCACGAUCAACUCUCUUCUGCCGUCUUCAGCCACAGCGAAUGGGAACUAGCCACGUAUCUCGCUCAACCAAUCCUUGCUUUCCACCACUUAUUCGCGACACCUAAUCGCCCCCAAAAUGCCACUGCAAACAAAUGGAACGAAGACACUACAGAAGACAAUGAACCUCCUACCCCCUUUUCUGGCCCUCAAGCAUCCUACCAAGCCCACGAAACGCAAAAAUCCAACUUCGAGAUUCUGCAAACGUUGCAGGCGUCAUUGUCAUUGCCGCUUCUACGCAUGUUUCCCUCGCCAACAGCCAUGUCGACGGAAUUUGUGCCUUACCUUACCCGCAUGCUGAAUCCUAAUAUUUCGCCAGUAGUGGUGCAAAAUUCUGGCAUUUCUACUGCGAGCGUGAGGAAAGCGAGUGAGAAAUUGCUUGUGCAGAGAGCUGUCAAUGCAAUGACUGCUUCAGGGAUCCGGUUUGAUCGUAUACGGCUUGAAAGUGAGGGGGCCUCGCACUCGGGUCCACAGACUUAUGUUUACCGCAUGGAACCUGCCGUCGACUGUAUCUCUGUCUUCGAAACACUGGAUACUAAAGCAGCGGGUCUUGCUCCUGUCGACCGAACAAGAUUUGCCGUGCGUCAAGUUCUGGACCAAGAAUUUGGCGUUGCGGCAAAGAAAUCGGCUGAAGCUGCUAGAGUUAACAGAGGGAUUGGGGCAACUAUUACAUCGUUAGAUGACGUUGUUGCUGGUGCUGCUGUUCCCUCUUUGGCGCGAGAAGAUAGUAGAAAACUGAAGAGGGAUUUCUUUGGGAGGGUCAUUGUUGAGGAAGAAAAACGACAAGAUGCAGAAGCGGAAGAGGGUGAUAAUGCGAAUAAGAAGAAAGCGAAGAUGGACGAGGGAGGUGAUAAAGAAAGGGUGUGGGUUACUUUCCACGAAGGAUAUUCUAAUGCGGUCAGAAAACCUGUGUCGCUUAGGGAGUUGUUGGGAGGUUUGUAG